AUGAAAGAGCUUGCACAGACCCAGCCCCUAAGCUUUAAAACAACGUCGGGUUUAACGCCUCUUCACGUUGCUGCAGCCGGGCUUCACUAUGACCUUGUCAGGUUCCACGCCGGCCAUAUAGGUUGCCGCUCAGCCACCACAAGUCUCCAACUCAGACAGGCCAAGUGCGGGUGGAUAGCCUUGCAUUAUGCCGCAGCGGCGACAGAGCUUAAAGCCGUCAUUCAGCUACUGCUGCACACCAGCAACCAAAGCGCUGGGCAAGACCUUGGUUAUGUUCGGGACUCAAAAGGUAGACUAGCACAGCAUAUCUUUCGGCUGCAACACCUGAGUCGUAGGCAUAGCGCUGGCGCUAAAGGAGUGGGUGUUACUCUGGCCUACUUUGAGCUGCAACGCUUAUUGUCACCUCAGGUACAAGGUGGGGUGCGCAGGCAGGCAGAAUUAGACGACCUCAUGGCGUUUAGGCUUCUGACGGAUGACGAGUUGGCCGUAUGCAUACAAACACCGCUUUACGUUCAAGAAUAUUUUGUUUGGUAUUUGGGGGCAACCGCAGGGGGGAUAACGGCAUCCAGUCCCACGCGGAUGAGCUCUGUGUCGUCGAUAUCGUGUAUGGCAAAGGACUGGACUAUCUGGAAAAUGCUUUGGCGCUUAAAGAGCUUUGUUUACUUUGCGCAACGGUCGCAUCUCACCAUAAGUCCAGGUGGCUGUACCUGCUAA